GCUAGUGAUGUUGUGAAUAAUCUCGCAACCCGACCUGAAUGUUAUGAUCGAUUCAAGUCUCGAUGAUGAAAGUGUCGUUAGAGCAGAUUAAAAGGAAGUUCAUCAUCAUCACAGCUGCCAUCAUCGUGUAAAACAUGACAGUUUUGCUGAAAGCUGCCAGUUUUUUGGGUCGUUCAGUUCACCGUUCUCUUGGUAACCGAACGUACGCUUUCCAGAAACCAUCUUGUGCAUUUUUCCAUUCGUCUUCCGUGAACAACAAACAGCAAAAUGAACCAAGGAAGACCUUAAAGGCUUCUCUUGAGUUACAAGAUGGAACCAGAUUAUCUGGAUUUUCGUUUGGUUACGAGAAAUCAUCCUGUGGUGAAGUGGUAUUCAACACCGGCCUAGUUGGAUAUCCUGAAGCCUUGAGUGAUCCAAGUUACCACGGUCAAAUCCUCGUUCUUACAUACCCUAUAAUCGGUAAUUAUGGCGUCCCAGAUACAAAAGAGGUUGACAUUUAUGGGCUGCUUAAAAACGUCGAAUCUUCCAAAAUACAGGUGGCAGGUCUCAUUGUUCAAGACUACACYCAUGGCUACAGUCACUGGAAUGCUGUAAAGUCUUUAUCAGAAUGGUUAAAAGAAGACAAGAUUCCGGCCCUGUAYGGUAUUGAUACCCGGAUGCUAACAAAAGUCGUACGAGACCAGUCAAACACACUGGCUAAGAUCGAGUUCCAAGAUCAACCCAUYGAGAUAUCGGACCCUAAUGUUCGUAAUCUUGUUGCUGAAGUCUCAACCGAGAAAAUCGAAGUUUAUGGCAAAGGGAACCCCUACAAAAUAGCUGUCAUUGACUGCGGGAUAAAACACAAUAUCAUAAGAAAUCUUGUUCAGCGUGGUGCAGAGGUGCAUCUUCUACCAUGGGAUUAUGACAUUACUAAACUAGACUACGAYGGUUURUUYAUCUCAAAUGGACCAGGCGAUCCAGCAYUKGCAACUACUGCAAUCAACAACCUUCAAACGGUCUUCAAGGAACGAAGUGAGCCAGUGUUUGGUAUUUGUAUGGGAAACCAAUUGGUCGCUCUUGCUGCUGGAGCAAAAACAUUCAAACUGCCAUUGGGUCACAGAGGACAUAACCAACCAGUUAUCAAUACAGUAAACAACGAAGCUAUGAUCACUUCACAAAACCAUGGUUACGCUGUUGAUACCGAUACUAUACCAUCUGGCUGGAAAACUUUGUUUUACAAUCCUAAUGACUCAAGUAACGAGGGGUUAAUCAACGAGUCCAAACAAAUCUUCACUUGUCAGUUCCACCCUGAGCAUUUUGGCGGUCCAACAGAUUCCGAGUAUUUGUUUGAUGCGUUUAUGAAGAUAGUGAGCGAUAACAAGCCACCAAUUCACGCACUGAACCGUGCAAUACCCCAACCCGAGAAAAAGAAUUUCAAAAAAGUCCUUGUCCUGGGUUCAGGUGGAUUAUCGAUCGGACAGGCAGGUGAAUUCGAUUACUCUGGAUCUCAAGCUGUAAAAGCAUUGAAGGAAGAAAACAUCAAGACAGUACUUAUAAAUCCCAAUAUUGCGUCUGUGCAGACAAAUGAAGUUGGUGAGAAACAGGCAGAUACUGUGUACUUUGUUCCGGUGACGCCAGAGUUCAUUGAAGAUGUGAUAAAGAGAGAACGGCCUGAUGGAUUACUGCUGUCUAUGGGUGGACAAACAGCUCUUAAUUGCGGCGUGGAAUUGUUCGAUAAAGGCGUUCUGAAAAAAUAUGGUGUCCAGGUUCUUGGGACACCAGUUGAAUCAAUUAAGGCAUCUGAGGACAGACAGAGUUUUGCGGAUGGACUUAAACAAAUCGGUGAAAAACUUGCACCAAGCACUGCAGUUUACAAUGUCGAUGAAGCUUUGAAAGCUGCCAAGAAGAUUGGAUAUCCAGUAAUGCUACGCUCAGCCUAUGCUCUAGGGGGACUAGGCUCUGGCAUAUGUGAAAACGAAUCAAAGCUCAAGGAUACUGCAACACGAGCGUUUGCAAUGACCAAUCAGGUUUUGGUGGAGAAGUCGUUGUUAGGCUGGAAAGAGGUGGAGUACGAAGUGGUGAGAGAUUCAGUCAACAACUGCGUUACAGUGUGCAACAUGGAAAAUCUAGAUCCCCUGGGUGUACAUACAGGAGACUCUGUAGUGGUGGCACCAAGUCAAACGUUAUCUAAUAAAGAGUACCAUAUGCUUAGGGAGACUUCCUUGAAGGUAGUCCGUCAUUUCGGUAUUGUAGGCGAAUGUAAUAUUCAGUUCGCGUUGCAUCCCUCUUCACUCGAGUAUUGCAUCAUUGAAAUCAACGCUAGACUUUCACGCAGUUCGGCGUUGGCUUCCAAGGCUACAGGCUAUCCAUUGGCUUUUAUCGCUGCCAAACUGUCCCUCGGCAUUGAAUUGCCUAAAAUAACCAAUGCUACAACCACCGUAACGACAGCAUGUUUUGAACCCAGUUUGGAUUACAUUGUUACCAAGAUUCCGAGAUGGGAUCUAGACAGGUUCCACAUGACUCCUAAAGAAAUCGGUAGCUCGAUGAAGAGUGUUGGAGAGGUUAUGGCUAUAGGAAGAUCUUUUGAAGAAAGUCUUCAGAAAGCUCUGAGGAUGGUACAUCCCUCAGUCAAUGGACUUCAGUCCUCGAUACCAAGCGCAAACAAGGAGCUUCCGGACGGGGAAAAGUUUGAUGAAAGUCUGCGCGUUCCAUCAAAUACACGCCUGUACUCUUUAGCUAAGGCGUUUGAGGAUGGAUAUACUGUGGAAAGAGUUCAUGAACUUAGCAAUAUUGACCCGUGGUUCUUGUAUAAGCUCAAAGAUAUCAUGCAACUUAGUAAGGAUGUCAGCAAGCUUAAGAUAGAUGAACUCCCUCUCGAAACGCUAACUCUAGCAAAGAAGAUGGGGUUUUCGGAUCGACAGUUGAGUCACUUAAUGGGAACUGAUGAACUGAGCGUCAGGCAAAACAGGAUCCAACAGGGAUUGAAGCCUUGGGUCAAGCAGAUCGACACUAUGGCGGCAGAGUAUCCAGCCAAAACUAACUACCUUUACAUGACUUACAAUGGCGGAGAGCACGACUUGAAGUUCAACGAUAAGGGUAUCAUGGUCCUUGGGUGUGGUCCUUAUCAUAUUGGUAGCAGUGUCGAGUUUGAUUGGUGUGCAGUGUCUUGUAUCAGAACUUUGAGAAAGCUCGGUAAAAACACGGUCGUGGUUAACAACAACCCUGAGACUGUCAGCACAGAUUACGAUGAGUGCGAUAGACUGUAUUUUGAAGAGUUAUCGCUUGAACGUGUGUUGGAUAUCUACCAACAAGAGGAAUGCGAAGCAAGCAUCAUUUCUGUCGGGGGACAGAUUCCAAAUAACUURUCUUUGCCGCUAUUUAAAAACGGUGUUAAUAUUUUGGGUACAUCUCCUCUUCUCAUUGAUGCAGCUGAAGAUAGGUCGCGAUUCUCAGCUAUAAUCGACGAGCUAGGUGUUGACCAAGCACCAUGGCGAGCGUUGUACUCUGUCAACGACGCUCUUGAAUUCGCUGCAACAGUUGGUUAUCCCUGCUUACUUCGUCCUUCCUACGUACUAAGUGGUUCAGCCAUGAAUGUUGCUUAUGGUCCAGAAGAGUUAAAAGGAUUUCUACAAGACGCAGCUCGUGUUUCAGAGGAACACCCAGUCGUUAUGACCAAAUUCAUUCUUGGUGCCAGAGAAAUCGAAAUGGAUGCAGUAGCAAAGAACGGUCACGUUAUCUGUCACGCAAUUUCYGAACAUGUGGAAAACGCAGGAGUUCAUUCUGGUGACGCAACACUGAUAUUGCCACCACAGAGUGUCAAACAAGAAACUAUUCAGAAGAUCAAAGACAUUACGCAACAAAUUGCACGACGAUUUAACAUUUCAGGACCCUUCAAUAUGCAGCUUCUUGUUAAAGACGACAGAGUGAUGGUCAUUGAGUGUAAUCUACGUGCAUCUCGUUCAUUCCCAUUUGUAUCCAAGACAAUCGGUGUAGAUUUUAUCGACUGUGCGACCAAAGUCAUGAUUGAUCAUCCAAUGAACGAGGAUGARCUACCACACCUUGACACGCCCCUCAAACCUGAAGGAUAUGUAGGAAUAAAGGCACCCAUGUUUUCCUGGCCAAGACUUCGUGACGCUGAUCCUCUUCUGCGAUGCGAAAUGGCUUCAACUGGAGAGGUAGCGUGUUAUGGAAAGGAUUUGCAUUCAGCUUUUCUCAAAGCGAUCAUGUCAGCAGGAUUUCGUCUUCCAAAUAAAAACAUCUUAAUUGGUAUUCAGCAAUCAUUCCAGCCUGAAUUUCUACCCACCGCAAAGAGACUUCACAAUCUUGGUUUUACUCUUUACGCUACAGUAGCUACUGCCCGCUAUCUAAACGAACACAAUAUCCCAGCACAGACAGUGGAAUGGCCGCUACAUGAUGAAGGAAAUAACCCUAACGCACAAAAACUGAUUUUUGAUAAGAAAAUUGACAUGGUAAUCAACUUACCAAAUCACAAUACAAAAUACGUGAAAGACAACUACAUUAUAAGGAGAACUGCAAUCGACACAGGAGUUCCSUURGUGACCAACUUUCAGGUUGCCAAGCUGUUGGUUGAAGCUUUAUCAAAGAAAGAGAAUCUAGACGCUUCAACACUCUUUCACUUUCAGGAAAAAUUGAAGUCCUGAAUAUGUUUUGUGUUUUGAAUGUUCUGUGRCUACCAUUWAACUGAGGUUUCAAUAAUAAAUAUUGUGUUUGUGUCYGAGAGGAGUGUAGUGAAAACUAGGAGGCAGAUUGCCAAGCCACAGUUCUUGUAAAAUUUACAAUUUAGUUGAUUAAAUAGGAUUGUAUGGAUGAUUUUKAAAUAAAGAUUACAAAUCUUUA